GUUAUUUUGUCACGUGAUCAAAAUAAACCAGCUGUUCAAGAUGGCGGCUAUCAGGAUACACGAACUUUUGUUUAUUUUCACAUUCUUGUCGUUUACCUCUGCGACAGGAAUAUUUGAUAGGGUCCUAGAUGAUAUAACUACUUGUUCAGACAAAUGCUCAAACACAUACACGCCACAUACUUUUGAAAAGAGCUAUUUAGUAGAUGUAUGUAAAAGAGGAUGUAGAUUUUUUACCAUUAUGGAAUUUAUUUAUAACCAUGAUAAUCUUAAUAUGACCAUGAAAGGUUGCACAUCAUCAUGUGAAGAAGCCUAUAACACAACUGAUGAAGAGAGUACCUGUAUAUUUGGAUGUAAAAAUCAAGUUCCUCAGUUGAAGAAAUUUAAUUUUGAUGAGGAUCCAAUGGAUAUGAUGAACAUCCAGUUUAUUAAUCCAUUCAUGUAUGUACAUAACAUGUACAGUAAUAUGGUAGACAAAGUUUGGAAUGGUCUUUCUGUCAGGUGGUCAUUCUACAUGAGGUCAGGUGAUGGGUCAGUUAUUGUAGUCAAGUCAGAACCACAGUUUACACCAGAAUUUGAUUCUAUUGAAACUGAUGAUGAUUACAACACAGCUCAUUAUUUGGAGACUAACUUAGAGGAAGUUGACAGAUCUGCCACACCUGUCAUCAAACGAUCCCAGAUAAUGCCAAGAGAGGACGGUACCCAGUAUGCAUACAAUGUCAAUGGUGACAACACUGCUUCUAAUGACUGGCUGUCAUGUGUAUCAAAGAAGACUGGUUUAUCUCGAGUUUUUCUGAGCAUGCUAUUGUUCAUGUCCGCCAUGAUGAUGAUUUGGUUAUGUCUUACUGCAAUGGUUACUGCCCCUGACCAGAGAGUACAUGCAAAUAAUCAGAGACUAAGUAUAAAUGGUGAUCUUGAACAUAUCAAACAAAUGAAGGCAUUAGGAAUGGAGAUGUCAUAUCCUCAGGUGAUCUCAGAUGAUGCUGGACCACUUCCUGUAAAGGUCAAAGUUCAGAGAUUAUAAUUCAGUCCCAAUCAGAUAGUAUUAUGAAUUAAAAUGUGCAUUUGAGAUGCAAUAAGAUAUUCAGUUGUAUUUUUGAAAGGGAGAACACUUUUCAUGUGGGAUUUCUAGCUUUUGUCAUGUAUGAUAAACAUAUUUGACCUUGAUGUACUCUACAUACCAUAUUUGAACUUAAUGUACUCAUCAUAUUUAUUUGUUGUUGUUGUUUCAUUAACCACUACAUGGGCAUUUCAGUUUUUUUUGUGUACAUCAGUGCUUUCUUAAAAUAAAUAUAUUUUAAAGGUUGAAUUUGUGACAUUUGUCAUACAAACUCUCAAGUCUAUUUAUUAUUUAUUGUAAAACUUAAUGGUGAUUUGUUCCCCCAGAUAUAGAUAUUGAUGUUUUGCUUAACACUACUGGGAAAAAUUUGAUAAAC